CUUCGUUCUCAGCCCUCUCCUUACAGUGCUUUUCGCCCUGGGAUGAGGGAGGAGGGGGCAGAGGCGCGCGCCAGCGCGGGGGGUGACGAGUCAAUACAACUAAUAAUUUAAUGGGGACACGGGGAGAGCGGAGAGGGACGGAGAGAGAGAGUGCGAGAGAGUGCACGAAAGAAAGAGAAAGAGGCUCCGUCCGUCCGGUCACAGAUAAAAACCACAGCGAACGUCGCCAAGGGACCUGUCAACCGUCUUCACUGUGGCGAAUGCGUCACCCCAUGCGUCACCCAGGUCGGAAACCGAGACGCGCUUGUUUUUACCCGUCCGUACACAUCGCAUUCGCGCGAGAAGACGGGAAAUAUUCGCCUCUUUUUCUCCCGGAACGAUGGACGGGCUAAGCUGACGCACCUCCUGGGGUCCUCACGCGAACAGACGCCGAACGCGCGCAGAAGCAGGCUGGGUGUGUAGGCUGACAUUUGUUUACUUCCACGUCCGAUGUUUUCGUUACCUAUAUCUUAGGCUACCGUUUCCACGAUGGUGAUUGAUAACUCCGAUGGAGGACUCCCCCACGCUGCAUAUUUUAAAAAAACUUUUUGAAACGAGCGUGUCUUAUUUCUCUGCGGUUCAAAAGCCCGUCUUUGUGGCUCGAAGUGAAAUAGCAGCCGACCGCUGUCGUCAAUUAGCGGGCUUCAGAAUAGAGCCUGCCGCAUCAGACGACCCCAUGUUAUCGCUCUUCUGUCCAGCUGAAAUUAAUUGGAAAAUCGCCUUUUCCGCCUCUCUCGGGGAGAGAGAAUACCCGUCAGAAGACCGAUGUCCAUUGCCAUGUCUGCAAAGCGUUAGAACUUUGGCUCGGUUCCGUUGCGUCCUUGUUUAUCACUGACUGGUUUACCGGAGGAGACACACGGGACCCACGCGGCUUGAUGCGCUCGCCUGUUUUGGAGCGGUCACCGCGUGCGUGUGGGGGGGGGCGGGGGGCGGGGCCGAGGAUGAUGUCACACCUCAGCGAGACGUACCUGGGGAAGGAGAACCGCGAGCUGCCCAACUGUGCCGGGGAACCCAAGGGCCCCCCGGUGAAGGUGGCCCGGCUGGAGCAGAACAGGAGUCCCCUCGCCGGCCAGGCCCGACUGGGCAGCAUGGGCGGGGCCAAAGCCCCUGGGGGGCCCCUCAAACCGCUGGGGCCCCUCCCCCUCCGGCUCGGCCACAGGAGAGGCAACAUGCUGCCAGUCUUCUGUGUGGUGGAGCACCAGGAGGGGGCGCUGGAGAGCCGGGAGGGGACGGAGGAGCACGCGGAGUUUGUGCUGGUCAGGAAGGACCUGCUGUUCAACCAGCUGAUCGAGAUGGCGCUGCUCUCUCUGGGGUACUCACACAGCUCCGCGGCACAAGCCAAAGGUCUGAUCCAGGUGGGGAAGUGGAACCCUGUUCCUCUCUCCUGUGUGACAGACGCUCCUGAUGCCACAGUGGCGGACAUGCUGCAGGAUGUUUACCAAGUCAUCACUCUGAAAAUCCAGCUGCUCAGUUGUCCUAAGCUGGAAGAUCUUCCCCCAGAGCAGUGGACUCACUCCACGGUGAGGAACGCUUUGAAGGAGCUGCUCAGAGACACGAACCAGAGUUCUCUGGCCAAAGAGUGCCCCCUGUCCCAGAGCAUGAUUUCCUCCAUAGUCAACAGCACUUACUACACAAAUGUUUCUGCCACCAAGUGCCAGGAGUUUGGCCGCUGGUACAAACAUUACAAGAAGAAUAAAGACAUGAUGGAGAUUGAUGGCCAAUCGGAGCUCUCCUCUCCGGGCUUGAACCACGUGACCUACGGCCAGCAGCCAAUCGGCCAGCCGCCCGGGGCCUCUUCUCCGGCCGAACCGCCCCCCCUGCCCCCAGCCUCCUCCCCGGCCUCCUCCCCGGCACCGGGCCGCACCCCCCCGCCCCCGGCCCUGGUGGCGGGUCACAUGGGGCCCCAGCUGGUCAGUCAGCAGCUGGCGCAGUUCCUCAGCCAGCAGUACGCCGUCAACCGCCUGCUGGCUCACCACGGCCUGGGCCACCAGUACCUCAACCACCCGCCCGUCAGCCGCUGUGGCCCCGCCCAGCCCCCGCUGGACCCCGCCCCCGGCCCAGGCCACGCCCCCGGCCCCGCCCCAGGCCACGCCCCCGCCGCACCCUGCUCCGACGUCUCCCCGGAGAUCUACCAGUGGGUGCGGGACGAGCUCAAACGGGCCGGGAUCUCCCAGGCCGUGUUCGCCCGAGUCGCCUUCAACCGUACACAGGGUCUGCUGUCGGAGAUCCUGCGGAAGGAGGAGGACCCAGCGGUGGCGUCGCAGUCCCUGCUGGUGAACCUGCGCGCCAUGCAGAACUUCCUGCUGCUCCCGGAGACGGAGAGAGACCGCGUCUACCAGGACGAGCGCGAGAGGAGCAUCAGCGCCGCGUCCGCCAUCAGCCCCGCCCCCCUGAUCAGCACGCCGCCGCCCCGCCCUGCACAGGUCAGGAGAGAGGACUGUAACAGCAGCCGGCCUGAAGAGUGGCACCAGCGAACUGUCAGCCUCUCUCCUGGAAAGCCCUCGCCCCACCAUGGUGACCGAAACCUGAAGGUGGAUGGCUGCCUACUGAAUAUAAACACCUCCCUCAGCACCUCCAUCUAUGAGGAGAUCCAGCAGGAGAUGAAACGGGCCAAAGUCUCCCAGGCCAUGUUUGCCAAGGUGGCAGCAUCUAAGAGCCAGGGCUGGCUGUGUGAGCUGCUGCGCUGGAAGGAGGAGCCCUCUCCAGAGAACCGCACCCUGUGGGACAACCUGUCCCUGAUUCGCCGCUUCCUGAGUCUGCCCCAAUCAGAACGUGACGCCAUCUAUGAGCAGGAGAGCAGUGGGGCGACACAGCACCUGUCUGACCGCUCCACACACCUGCUGCACCUGCCCACGGACCCUGUACAGGUUAGCUCCACACACCUGCUGCACCUGCCCACGGACCCUGUACAGGUUAGCUCCACACACCUGCUGCACCUGCCCACAGACCCUGUACAGAUGCAACCAAGCCAGCAACACCAUCAGCACCAGCGAAUGUCCCCGUCGCCCCAGCAACAGGCCUCACCUUCCCAGCAGCCCCUGCAGCAGCAGAGAGCUCGGCAGCCCGCCCCGGAGGGGGGCGGGGCCCAGGGAAGGGGUGGGGCCAGGGGCGGGGCCGGGGGCGGGAUCUCUCUGGAGGCCUUGGGGAUUCUGCAGAGCUUUGUUCAGGACGUGGGACUGCACCCCAACGAGGAGGACGUCCACACCCUGUCCGCUCAGCUGGACCUGCCCAAACCCGCCAUCCUCAGCUUCUUCCUCCGCCAGCGUCACCAGGGCAACCAGCCCCAGGGGUGCAGCCCCGGCCGGCGGGGGGCGGCGGAGGAGGAGGAGGAGGAGGAGGAGGAGGAAGCUCGGCUGAAGACCCUGGAUGAGAGCACGCAGACCAGCAGCAUCGUCUUCAGCGUCAAGACCGAGGACCAAGCCUCCUGCACUGAGCGUGCCCGGUCUGGCCACGCCCCCUCCGCUGACCACACCCCUGAGCCUGACUCCGCCUCUGCUGCUGACCCCGCCCCCCUGCCAGACCAGGCUCAGAGUGACUGAUGCAGCCAAAUCCACGGCUUUUUGCUCUCUGUCAGUAAUUACGUAACUCAGAAACUGAGACAGAAAAGUGCAUUACAUAACCCUGAAUAUUUCCAUUACGUAACUCUGGAUAUUUGCAGGCAACACUGGAUUUGGCCAUUUUUUAUUCUUGUUUGUUUUUGUUUAUGAAAGCUACUGAUGAAGGCUGCAGACUGACGACAGUGUGUGCCACUGUGCAGAUUAUACACAGACCCGCAAUGGCGUUGCAUGAGGGACACGCUCACUUCCUGUUCCACACCCCAGACUUCCUGUGACAUUGCCAUUCUGGUACCAGGCUGUCGCCAUGGAAAUGCGUGGGAGGGGCGUGGCUCAUGUUGCUCAUGUUAUUAGUCAGGGGGAAAUAUUAAUGCGUUCACACAGACGUUAUAUUUACUUGAGUGAGACAAAGGAGAAAAAUAAACCAUUUUGAAAAACUAUGCCAGCAAAUGCUUUGUACUGUAUGGCCCUGCUGGGGGGGGGGGGGAGUUUUAGAAACGUUAAGAAUCUUCUCGUAGUUUAAAAUGUGAAACUCCUCCUUUCCUUGUUUGCCCAUUAAAUAAUUUAUUUUCAGGUUCUGAUGUGUUUCCAAUGCUAUUCUGUUUUUUAAGUUUCUUUUAUUUUACGCUUCUUUUUAUUUUGUUUUUAUUCUUUUUUUAUUUAUGUUAUUUCCGUGAGCAGUUAAAUAAGUGUCUUAAAAGUUUUACAUGGAAAAUGUGCUUUAAAGUUAGAAAGAGUGCUACAUGUAUUUUUUAAAAAAUACAUAAAUGUUGUAUGCAAUUUUGACGAUGGUCCAGGUUACCCUGCAGUCAGUUGAGAGAGGUGAGGGAGGGGAGGGGCCCGUGUGUGCGAUGCUUCUUCCUCUCGUGUCCUACGCACUGGAAAUGCCGUUUCUGGAUGAAUAUCCUGUACAGGAACCCUCUCUCUCUUUAAGGAGUGAAAUGGGAGCGGGGGCUAUUUUGGCACAGCUGGCCGUGUCACACGUGUUCCUCUCUGUCUCUGAGACUGACCGGCUCCGGAGAGGAUCCUCUGUGUCUCUGAGACUGACCAGCUCUGGGGAGGAUCCUCUGUGUCUCUGAGACUGACCAGCUCCAGAGAGGAGACGAUAUGUUGAUUGUUUACGACACGAUUAAACAAUGUUUGUACUGCACUGCAGAUUCUUUGUGUUCGUAACGAUGAAGCAUUUUAAUGGGAAUAAAGUGAGAUUAAGUAUA